CUCACCCUGGUGUUGUCUUCCCUGCUCAGGCUCCGGCUAUGGGUGUCGGUGCGGAUGUUCAGUUAUGAACUCAGGCUAGGUUUUCUCCAGUAGCAACAAGGCCGGCGAGCCUGUGUCCCGCGGGCUGGCCCUCCAGGUGACUUUCCAACGAGAUGCUGCUCUCCAUAGGGAUGCUUAUGCUUUCGGCUACACAAGUCUACACCAUCUUGACUGUCCAGCUCUUUGCAUUCUUAAACUUACUACCUGUAGGAGCUGAUAUUUUAGCGUAUAAUUUUGAAAAUGCAUCUCAGACAUUUGAUGAUCUUCCAGCAAAAUUUGGUUAUAGACCUCCAGCUGAAGGUUUAAAGGGUUUUUUGAUUAAUUCAAAACCAGAGAAUGCUUGUGAACCCAUAAUGCCUCCACCAGUAAAAGACAACUCAUCUGCCACUUUCAUCGUGUUAAUUAGAAGACUUGAUUGUAAUUUUGAUAUAAAGGUUUUAAAUGCACAGCAAGCUGGAUACAAAGCAGCCAUUGUUCACAAUGUUGACUCUGAAGACCUCAUUAGCAUGGGAUCCAACGACAUUGAUGUGUUAAAGAAAAUUGACAUUCCCUCUGUCUUCAUUGGUGAAUCAUCAGCUAAUUCCCUGAAAGAUGAAUUCACUUAUGAAAAGGGAGGCCACAUCAUCUUAGUUCCAGAAUUUAGUCUUCCUCUAGAAUACUAUCUAAUCCCCUUCCUCAUUAUUGUGGGCAUCUGUCUCAUCCUGAUAGUCAUUUUUAUGAUCACAAAAUUUGUCCAGGACAGACACAGAGCUAGAAGAAAUAGACUUGGGAAAGAUCAACUUAAGAAACUCCCUGUACAUAAAUUCAAGAAAGGAGACGAGUAUGAUGUAUGUGCCAUUUGUUUGGAUGAAUAUGAAGAUGGAGACAAACUCAGAAUCCUUCCCUGUUCCCAUGCUUAUCACUGCAAGUGUGUAGACCCCUGGCUAACUAAAACCAAGAAAACCUGUCCAGUCUGCAAGCAAAAAGUUGUUCCUUCUCAAGGUGAUUCUGACUCUGACACAGACAGUAGUCAAGAAGAAAACGAAGUGUCAGAACACACCCCUCUGCUUAGACCUUUGGCUUCUGUCAGUACCCAGUCGUUUGGGGCUUUGUCAGAGUCGCACUCACAUCAGAACAUGACAGAGUCUUCAGACAUUGAGGAUGAUGACAACGAAGACACUGACAGCAGUGAGGGAGAGAACGAAGUGAAUGAACACAGUGUGGUGGUCCAGCUGCAGCCUGGUGGUGAGCGGGACUGCAGCCUAGCGAACACCGUGUGACUUUCAUAAGGUGAUGGGUUUACUUCCCUUGAAAACAUUGAUUUAGGUACAUAAUUUGAUUUUUUUGCUCCUUUUAGAGACUUCUGUAGAAAUAACUUAUUUUUUAGUAUUCUAGUUUGAUCAGAUACCAAAACAGGCUCUUACCUGGCACUUAUCUGCAGGAUUACACAUCAUUUUACUAAUAAGUAAUAACAGACUGGUGCUGUAACUCAGGCAUCAAGGAUGAAAUGUAGCCAAAACAUUUUUUAAAUCUCAAUACAGCUUGCGAUUAAGACUUAGACCACAGUAUGGAAGUGUUCUGCGUUUCACACAUGAAAUCAGUGCCAUGGCCAUCUAGCACGCGCUAAAGCCAGGGCUCACACCUCACUCAUCACCUAAGAGCGAGUUGAGCAUGUUCUGGUGUUUCUGCGUUGCCUUUGUUAGUGAGAAGCAACAAGGUAUUUUACCAUUUCUCCCCUCCUGUUCGCACCACACAAAAACUCAAAGCUAUCCUUUUUCUUUCUAUUCCCAAGCAGCCUGUAACUAGUGCAGAUUUCAAAAGGGUUUUAAUACUAUAAUGUUAUGACUAUGUUCAACAAGUAAUGUCUUUGGAUUCACAAGAUUUCAGUAUCCUUCAGGGUUUUGUUGGGAUCAAAGCAAAAAGAAAAUGCUGCAUAAAAUACCAAACUUCAGCAACUGUUAAUACUCAGAUUAUAUACCUCUUAAUAAAGAGCAUCGUAUGCUAAUUAGCCCUAACCUAUGUACAGAAAAACUGUUCAAGUAUUAGAUUAAAACUAAAUGCUUAACAGGACUAAUGUAUUAAAAUGAUGUAUUAUGAAAAGGUAAAUUAUAUUAUACAGCACUGUAACUAUGUAGAAAUUAUAAAAUGUAUAAUCAAACUACUAAGAAUUUUUAUAUGGCCUUAUAUGAGGAGAGUUUGAAUGUUAAUAAAACUUUUCCACUUUAAAAAGUGUUCUACUGUACUGUUACCACAUAGCUUUAUAUUGCUACGAAGGUAUAAUGAAUGAGAUCAGGUAAACAUACACCACCUCAGAACCUUAUAUGAAGUAACUGCUCACAAGAUUUAGGCUAUCUAAAUCUGAAAACAAAAACAAAAAACCAAAGUCAAGACUGCAGCCAAAAUCAUUCCAAAAAUAAAGUGUGUUGUACAUCUUUACAGUAGAUAUAUAUGCUGACAUGGAAAAGUGUGAAUAAAAUAAUAUUACAGAAGCGUAAGUAUACCUGAUAUAUAAGCCCUUUGUUUUUUUAAAAAAAUUAAAUAUAUGUACAUAUACCCUAAGGUGAAUAUAAACAUUAUAUUCUAUAAAUGUGCACUAAUAAAAUUUUUGAAACUUAAUACACUUUGGAGGAAAUGUAACAAUAAAAGAGGAAAUUGCAUUUUCUGAA